GCAGACCGGAAGCAGUCCGAGCCGGGGGCUUCUGGGAAACGGUUUGUGAGCGGCGUUUCUGCGUCUGCUUUGGACAGCGAAGCUGCUGCGGAUCCUGAGGUGGAGGAGUGCCUGUGAAGAAAACAGAGUAUUUCCCUGAGGCCUGUAUCCUGCCUUGAUUGACUUUUCUUGAAGUAUUAUAAAUCAGGAUGUCUGCACAGUCCGUGGAAGAAGAUUCAAUACUAAUAAUCCCAACUCCAGAUGAAGAGGAAAAAAUUCUGAGAGUGAAGUUGGAGGAGGAUCCUGAUGGUGAAGAGGGAUCAAGCAUCCCUUGGAACCAUCUUCCUGAUCCAGAGGUUUUCCGACAGCGAUUCAGGCAGUUUGGAUACCAGGAUUCACCUGGGCCCCGUGAAGCUGUGAGUCAUCUUCGAGAACUUUGCCGUCUAUGGCUCAGGCCAGAGACACACACAAAAGAACAAAUUUUGGAGCUGGUAGUGCUGGAGCAGUUUGUUGCCAUCCUACCCAAGGAAUUGCAGACUUGGGUUCGAGAGCAUCAUCCAGAGAAUGGAGAGGAGGCAGUGACAGUGCUGGAGGAUUUAGAGAGUGAGCUCGAUGAUCCUGGACAGCCGGUUUCUCUCCGUCGACGAAAACGGGAAGUUCUGGUAGAGGAGAUAGUUUCUCAAGAAGAAGCUCAGGGAUUACCAAAUUCUGAGCUUGAUGCUGUGGAGAACCAGCUCAAGUGGGCAUCCUGGGAGCUCCAUUCCCUAAGGCACUGUGACACAGCGAGAGAGAGAACACAAGCAUGA